GCCGAGGAGGUGCGGGCUUGCCACGUCGGUCUGUGUGAAAUGGCAUUUACACGGUCGCUCCUCGCAGCUUCGGGCUCAACUUUUUGAAAAAGACGCCUUUUUCAUUCCGACACCGAGCGACCGGGGACCGCAACAACUUGUCCGGAACCACGUUAGCUCAUCUCCGCGGCGCUGCGUUGGGUCUUACUGGAGUAUUUAAAAAAAAAAAAAAAAAAAAAAGGAGGCGGAGGAAUGCUCGGUUCCGUCUGGACUCGUCCGGCUGCAAGCCUCACAAGUGACUGAUGCAUCCUCGUCCGCGUCACCCUCCCGUAUGUUGUCGUCGGCCUCAGCGUAUAUGGUCGCUCAUUGAGGAGCAAGGGAGGUGUCCCGGUGUCUGGGGUUGCCACGGUAACCGGCGACCAUGCCAGGGGGUCGCAGGGGUCCCAGCAGACAGCAGUUGAGCCGCUCUGCCCUGCCCUCCCUGCAAACUCUCGUUGGAGGCAACCUGGGGAAUGGUACAGGCCUCAGGAACAGGGAAAGGCUUCUGUUCGGAGAUAUUUGGAGGAAAUGUGGUGCAGGGUCCAGGCAGGCAGGGAAUUGGAUCCAAAGCAAGAGUUCAAGGGAUGAGCAGGAGGCAGGCAUGAUGCAGCCAGUGCACAGAGCUAGGAACAGCGGCUCCUUGGGUCUGUCCGCACCACCCAUCUCGGCCGUAAUAAGACCGGAGCCCGUCCGCCACUCAAAGAUUCCUGUGCUGCCGUUGGACAGCAGCCUGCUGUUUGAGUUCCUGCUCUUUGUUUACCUUCUGGUGGCCUUGUUCGUCCAGUACGUCAACAUCUACAGGACGGUUUGGUGGUACCCGUACAGCCAGCCCCCCACCUCUACCUCACUCAGCUUCCAUCUAAUGGACUACCACCUGGCUAUCUUCAUCACAGUCAUGCUGGCCAGGAGGCUUGUUUGGACGAUAGUUUCAGAGCUGUCUCAUAGCAGGAGGGAGUCGCUGGUCUGCUAUUUGGUUUUGCUGGCAGCAAGAUUGUGCCUGCUCACCAUGUGUUGUUGGGUGCUCUGCUGGACCCUGGUCAACCUUUGCAAGAACCACUCUGUUCUCAACCUCCUCUUCUUGGGAUACCCGUUCGGCGUGUACGUCCCGCUCUGCUGUUUCCACCAGGAAGGACCCAAGAGCCAAACGUCACCCGCCGACUACGACUACUCAGCCGAGCACCAGCAAACGGACCUGGCGGACGCCCCCUUCUUCCGACCCCGGGAUUUCCUCCUCCUGUUGAGGGAGAACGUCCGUGAACAGUUUUCCGCACCCCAGCACAUGCCCACGCACACCUGCCCGCCGCAGACGCACACUCACACGCCCGAGCUGAUCCGAUCGGAGGUGGAGGAGCUGAAGAGCGAUUUUAAUCGGCGGAUUAAGGAAGUGCUGUUCAACUCGCUAUUCAGCGCUUAUUAUGUUGCCUUCUUGCCUUUAUGUUUUGUGAGGAGCACCCAAUACUAUGACAUGCGCUGGUCGUGCGAGCAUCUGAUCAUGGUGUGGAUCAACGCCUUCGUCAUGCUGAUGAGCCAGCUGCUGCCCCCGAACUACUGCGACCUGCUUCACCGCUCCGCGUCCCACCUGGGCCGGUGGCAGAAGCUGGAGCACGGCUCGUACAGUAAUACACCUCAGCACGUAUGGUCGGAACACACCGUUUGGCCACAAGGUGUGCUGGUACGACACAGCCGCUGCCUGUACAAAGCAGUUGGACCUUAUAAUGUUGCGAUGCCAUCUGACGUUUCACACGCAAGAUUUUAUUUCCUCUUCCACAAGCCAUUGCGGAUCCUGAACUUGCUGAUCUGGAUUGAGACCAGCGUGGUUCUGUAUCAGUUAUACUCUUUGUUCCUCUCCGAGCGCUGGAACCACACUCUCUCUCUGGGCCUUAUUCUUCUCUGCAACUACUAUGUCCUUUUCAAGCUGCUCAGAGACCGCAUAGUGUUGGGCAAAGCCUACUCGUACCCGCUGUCCAGUAGUUUGAGCUUAAAGUCGCAGUAAAGACUGAAAGCCGGAGGCGGAAGACGUACGGUCGUGUUGAAAUUGAGAGACCGGAAGUGGGCGUUCGGGACUCGCAAUUUGGAGCGUGAAAGGGACAGGACUCUGAACUCAUAAUCGUGUUUUGAUACGGUUAUAUUUUUAAUGCAAUGUUUAUAUGAACCUAUUUAAAAGAAUAUUUUAUUUUCUAUACUAUUUUUUGAGUUACGCCGGGCAUUACCACGCCGAUGACGUUAGCAUGCCGCGCCGUGUUGUCGCUAGAAGAGGAGGAAAGAGGCGUUUUCGCCAAAGAUGUCAAGAGCGGCCACGUGGCCGCAUAGCCUCACGGGUCAGUCGGCGCGUGAACCUUCUGUACCCGAUUUCGAAUUUUCACCC